UCUUGGAAGGCUCCUCCUGCUGUUUUUAAAUCAUCCAAAUCAGAAGCUAUGGCAAACUUAGCCAAUGAGAGAGUAGUGUGUGCUCCACUUGACAUGCUUUCAGAAGAAGAGAUGAUGAUGAAAGAAAUGGCUCAUGGGUAUUGAGCUUGGACCAGAGUAUGGAGGAACUGGAUCUUCAUUUUUUUCUGUCAUAGUGGUGGUAGAGGAAUUGGCCAAGGUUGACCCAGCUGUAGCUCUUCUGUGUGAACUCCAGAACACAAUAACUAAUAAAAUGUUUACUACAUAUGGAACAGAAGAACAAAAGAGAACUUAUUUGCCCAGACUAACUAAAGAUUUGAUAGGCAGUUUCUGCCUUUCAGAGGCUGGAUCUGGCAGUGAUGCAUUUUCUUUGAAGACUCGUGCUGAUAAGAAAGGAGACUACUACAUUAUCAAUGGCUCAAAGAUGUGGAUAAGCUUUGCAGAACUGGCAGGAGUGUUUUUUGUGAUGGCAAAUGUAAAUCCUUCUUUGGGUUACAAGGGAAUUACAUGCUUCAUAGUAGGCCUACAGGUAGGGAAACAGGAAGCUAAACUGGGAAUCAGAGCAUCUUCUACAUGUCCAGUAAUAUUUGAAAAUGUUAAGGUUCCUGAGACCAACAUCCUGGGACAGCUUGGGCAAGGCUAUAAGUAUGCAAUUGAACUGCUAAAUGUAGGCAGAAUAGGUAUUGCUGCACAGAUGUUGGGAUUGGCACAGGGAUGUUUUGACCACACUGUUCCAUAUACAAAGGAGAGAGUACAGUUUGGGAAAAGCAUAUUUGAUUUUCAGGGAAUGCAACAUCAGAUAGCUCAAGUGGCCACCCAGCUGGAAGCAGCAAGAUUGCUGACUUACAAUGCAGCCCGACUUGUAGAAGCAGGAAAGCCAUUCGUAAAAGAGUCAAGCAUGGCCAAGUAUUAUGCUGCAGAGGUUGCAGCACUGACAACUAGUAAAUGUAUUGAAUGGAUGGGUGGAGUCGGAUUCACAAAAGAUUACCCAAUUGAAAAAUACUACCGAGACUGUAAAAUUGGUGCAAUAUAUGAAGGAACUUCAAAUAUCCAGUUGAGUACAAUUGCAAAAUGCAUAGCUCAAGAAUACUGAAAACAACAAGGAUGUCAUGACUGUUUAGACUGAAAAUUAGAAUCAGCACAUCUCAUGGAUGAAAUCAUAGGUUAAAUGUUUAUUCCAAAUUGUGAAUUUAGAAAAACAAAAACAAAUCAUGGAAUUUUAUCCUUAAUACCCUUCUAAAACAGUGCAAUAAUUCAAGUGAUUAGAUGGUUUCUGCUAACACAAGGAAACAAGCAAUGCGAGAUAAAUCCUCAAUCUGUUCUAGCGGCCCAAAAGGGCACAAAACCAUGUUAGGAAGCAGGUAGUUCCCCCAGAGCAGACAUAUAAUUGGCUGGUGUAAAGUCAGCUGUGCACCAUUUGGUGUGGUGAGAAUGAGCAGAGCUGGAAAUUUCAGCAGUCCUUGAUUAACAGAAACUUUCAGGAAGUCCUGGUAGCUCUGCAAAAGGUCAAUGACAUAAGCUAUUUGAUACUCUUUAUACUUUUAAUAUUUAUAGUAGUUUCCAUGUUUAAAUCAUGUUACAAACAUUAAGCUUCACAGGCUCCCUGUGAAGGAUAUGGCCCUUAGAUGGAGAAACUCAGUGAUGGAAAUUAAAGGUAUUCUGCAAAAGAGAAAAGUUUGCAUCUUUAUAUAUAAAAGGUGAAAGACUGAAUCUUUUUUGUCUGCUUCUUUUUUACAUUAGAUAUUGCUUGCACUGAAUGAGUCAGUGCUUGGAGAACCAGAAAACUAAGAACAAAUGACUAAAAGCUUAGCAACUAAAAGAGGAGGAAUGUUUAAUCACAGCUUUUAAUUCUAUUUUAGCCAUUUAAUUCCACCAACUAUAAAAUAUUUUUUAAAAGGAUGUUUUGUUAGAUUCCGAGCUACAGCUUCUUCAAUUAAAGUAUGAGUUUUCAUGAUCUGCAUAGUCUGAGAGUCUUGAGAUACUUUACUAAUUCUACAUUUUUUAUAUCAGUAAAACAAGCAGAUUCCUGAAUGAACACAAAACAAAAAGCACAGUGUCAUUUUUAAACUUAUUGGUAAGUGUCACCGUUGUGAUUUGCCCAAGGUCACCAGUGGAAUCACAGUAGAGAUUAGUAUUUGGGGCUUCAUCUUUGCUAAACUUGUGAUUCAACCCUGCACCAUUUCUCCCUUUAUGGUGAUUGAAUCUUCAGCUUUAAUGUGACUACUUCAAAGUAGAGUGACUUUUCCAUUGAAUGUUUGUAUUAGGGUGACAGUUGUCCCUUUACUGAAACAAACAAGAAGUUUCAAGAUUCAUUUGAUCAAUGGUUUGGUGACUUUCAAGAGAAAAAAAAUCAAGUUGUUUGCAAAUAUGCUUCCAGCUAAACUAAAAGAAACUGAGGGUAAAGACCAGCCAGAAUUUAUUUUAGGACAUUUUUUCUCUGGAACAGUUAGUUCAAGUUAUCCACUUGAGUUGGUCUAGAUCAAAUGAAAGCAGCCACACUAUGAAACACUUGAGCUACACAGAUUGAUGGCUUAGCAGCUGAUGAAUUGUGUAAGAUGCAACCUGCGCUCCCCUGCUGGACAGCUAGUUGAAGUUUAAAGCACCACUGAAUUUGAGCUAGAGAUUUGUAUUCUGACAAGAUUACUUCAGGCUAACACCGUGGAGAAGGUGCCUAAGUGCCAUGAUCCAAAUUUGGUGAGGAUAAGCAUGGACCUACUAUGGGUUGUUUAAGAAGGCUACUGUUUGUAUGGACUCGCUGGAAUUAUCACACUGGGAAAGAUCUGCUUAAGGUGAUUUGGGAAAAUCAAAAUAUUG